AUGGCGAUUACUACCCUUCCUAGUCGGCAACAAAGCAAUAAUGGCCCCUACAACCAACCAGUUAAUGAUGGACAGUUGCUCCCACCCACAGACCAAUUGUCAUUCCUUGACAAAUUACCCGCUGAGAUUAUCCAAGAUAUUGCGUCUUAUCUCUCAGCUCCAGAUCUCGCGUGCCUCGGUGCUACUUGCCGGGCGCUCUUCGACCACGCAUCGAAUGAUUUUCUAUGGGCUAAACUGGUGAACGAGAGACUGCCUGCUCCUAUUCGGGACCCAGAUCCCUUUGGAUCAUUUCGUCGUCUUUAUCUUGCAUAUCACCCCUGUUGGUUCAUUCCUCAGCACAAGAUUUGGUUCGCAGACAAUGAACCCACGGGGUUGCUGGUCAUAGCUCGAUAUGAUGAUCGCCGGGGUAUGAUUCAAGCAUACAUUGUUGUUGCACGACGUUGCUCUGCCGGAUUCCAAACCUGGGCAUCAAACCCAGAAGUUAUCAUCCAGACUUUUGAACCCGAUGUUUAUCGAGCGCAAAAUCCUAUUUUGUCUCUCAGAGACCCCAAUCCGUCCUCCCCAACAGCCCCACUUCAGUCCCUUCGCUCUAUGCCAGAGGAACGACGUAUUCCCACGCCUUCAGAUGCCCGACAUGUCUUCACCUCGUUGUCGUUUUGCUCUGCAUUUAGCCCCCAAGGACCUUGUUUCAACCCCAAUGUGAUUUGGCCACCAGGUACCAUCCCGAGCAAGACACGCACUGUUCGCGAUUUGAAGGACUUACACCCGCCAAUCGUGAAACAUUUCUCGGAAUUAUCAGAAUCAUUCUUCCGUAUCAGAAGAUGGGGAAACCCGUGGGUAAAGCCAGAGUCGCCACCGUUGCCGAUGCCAAAGAAAACGAGCCUAACUUUCUCAACUCUUGAUCCUAUCCUUUACACACCCACCGCAGAGAAACCGUACCAGGGAAUUUGGGUUGGAGACUACGAAGCCCAUGGUUGUGAAUUUAUGCUUGUCCUCCAGGGAGAAAAAACGGACCUAGCACCAGAUGAUGAACAAGAGGGGAAUGUAAUUGACGCCCAGGACGAGCUCGAACAUGACAGCCAGGAGAAUAUUGGACAGCAAGGUCCGUUGCAAGCUGUCAAGCUAACAGGUGACUCCAAUGUUCCUCGUGGUCAGCUCUCGUUUUUUGCCGAAGACAUUGGCUCUAGGGGCUUGAUUAAUGUCGCAAUGGAUGAGCCAUUUGUGGGGGCCCGAAUUGUGCGUUGUCGCGGCCAUGUAGCUGGCCUUGGGUUCCUUGACGACACUUACAUUGACUCCCAACUGAUCCUUAUUUCUCCUGACCAGAUGGCUCUUUACUGGAAGGCAAUAGGCCACAUCUCCUAUUACCACCGUGUGGACAUUGACGCAUUACUACAUAGUUAA